UUCUUUCCUGAUUUCCUGUUGCUUUCUGUUUUUCUGUUUUGUGCCGUCGAGUGGCGGUGUUCUGCACAACUUUUAUUUUUAGAUUAAAAAAUUCAUAAUAUUUGUGUUGACAGCGUCGUUCAACUUGAAGUUAAAUAGAGCAAGAAACAAGCUUAAUCAUGUCAAAUAUUUCAAAAAGACGAAAGGAAGGCUCAAAGGCCAAGAUCAAGACUAUUGGAGACCAUGAUGAGUUUCUAAAGAGAAUUACCAAAACUUUGUACUACGGUGAGCUGCCUGACCUGCCUUGCCUCAGUCUUCCCGUCACUGAGAUCUCAUGUGAGCUGUGGUCAGUGGCACAGCGCGGGCGAUCGCUGCGACGACUGCGCGCAGAUGCGGCUGCUGGUAUCGCUCGCAGCGCCUGUGUGUCGCCCUGUGCCCUUGUGCUUGCCAUUCUCUAUUUGGAACGCCUCAAAUCCUGCAACAAGGACUACCUAGCUUCCGCUGCACCUGCAGACCUCUUUCUUGUCUCCUUGAUGGUGAGCAACAAGUUUUUACAAGAUGAUGGAGAGGAUGACGAAGUGAUUUGCUCCGAGUGGGCGGCAUCCGGAGGCCUCAAGUUGGACCAGCUCAAGAAACUCGAAGUGGAAUUUCUAAAUGCUAUUGAUUGGAAUGUUUAUGUGAACGAAAGAUCAUUCGAAGCGGGGCUCUUGUGGCUGGAGCGGCAAGUGGCACUCCGACAGGCGAAUCUGCGAGGUUUCUUCACAUACGGCGACCUGGCGGCGAGCUGCGACGGGGCCCUGCUGUGCGAGGUGGUGGGCGCGCUGCGUGCGGCAUGCGCGGCGGCGGCGCUCGGCUACCUCUCGAGUCUGCUCACGGUGCUCACCUCAACACUUGUGCUGUCGCAGGCGUGGCUGCCCGCGCUACAGUACGCGGCGGCGCGCGGCGCACUCUCCGCUCUCGACACAAAUGUUAUGACCGACAAAUCCGACAUUGCACCGUUCCUCAGCAACCGCACGCUGGAUCUCGUACCGGACUCGGCAAACGAGGAGGAGCCCGCGCUGCCGGAGAAACUGAAGUGCUGCACUAGGUGGCUACAAUAUCAAGACAGAACUGAUACAAAAAAUCACUGGCAUCAUAAUGUCAUCGCAUACGACUGGAAAUCUUUCGAAACGUGGUGGUCUAAAACUCCGCUAUUGAACUGGCUGUAUCACAGCUCCGUCAUCGGUCCCAUGCAGAGAUGGUUGGAAAAAGUCGACGAGUAUGCCGAUUUAUUUAAAAAGAAACUAUACAACGUUGAAGGUACAAUAGAUCAGGAGCGGUGUAGCGAGGAGCAUCGAGACUGCGUCCGGCAGUGGUUGAACCUGAGCAAACUCAACAUGUUACUGGCCUCUGCCGCUGACCGCUAGAGACCACAGCUGCAGAACAUCACUUACACUUGUCGGCCAAAUACAGCUACUUCUAUCUGUUUUCACUUUCUAUUGGCUAAAUUAAGCAAAAUAUUACUAAUUCAACUAAAGCUCAGUAAAUUAUUAUUUUAUUUUUAAUAUGUUUAACA